UCAGAGAGGCUGGUGAUGAUAAAGCAAAGCUUUGCUGCAGGCAGAGUUAAAGCAAACUGCUGUGACACCUGAGAGGCUGUGGGUGAGCCAGAGCUGAGAAGUUUGGCCUCUGCAGCCGAUCGUAGUUUGGCAGACGUUCAAAAGCAAAAGCUCUCCAACGGCCCGACGCGUCUUUGUCCUUGGGAAGGUAGAAGCAGGCAGCAGCUCGACAUGAAUCGCCUUCUGAAAGUUCCUGUUCUGGCCAGCCGGGCCUUCAGCAGCUCCAGCAGACACCUGAAGAACAAAGUUCCUGAAGCCCAGAAGCUCUUCCAGGAGGACAACGGGCUGCCGGUCCACAUCAAGGGAGGAACCAGCGAUGUCCUGCUCUACAGGGCCACCAUGACGCUGACUGUUGCAGGAACCUGCUACUCGCUGUACUGGCUGCUCGUUGCCUCCAUGCCGCAGAAGAAGGCGUGAGGAUGGAGACGGAUCUGCAGGCAGCCGCCCGGCUCUAAACUUCCUGCGUGUGAUUCCUCUGUACCCAGCAUCCAUCUCUGCACCCAGCAUCCAUCUCUGCACCCAGCAUCCAUCUCUGCACCCAGCAUCCAUCUCUGCACCCAGCAUCCAUCUCUGCACCCAGCAUCCAUCUCUGUACCCAGCAUCCAUCUCUGCACCCAGCAUCCAUCUCUGUACCCAGCAUCCAUCUCUGCACCCAGCAUCCAUCUCUGCACCCAGCAUCCAUCUCUGCACCCAGCAUCCAUCUCUGCACCCAGCAUCCAUCUCUGUACCCAGCAUCCAUCUCUGCACCCAGCAUCCAUCUCUGUACCCAGCAUCCAUCUCUGUACCCAGCAUCCAUCUCUGUACCCAGCAUCCAUCUCUGCACCCAGCAUCCAUCUCUGCACCCAGCAUCCAUCUCUGUACCCAGCAUCCAUCUCUGUACCCAGCAUCCAUCUCUGCACCCAGCAUCCAUCUCUGCACCCAGCAUCCAUCUCUGUACCCAGCAUCCAUCUCUGCACCCAGCAUCCAUCUCUGCACCCAGCAUCCAUCUCUGCACCCAGCAUCCAUCUCUGCACCCAGCAUCCAUCUCUGCACCCAGCAUCCAUCUCUGCACCCAGCAUCCAUCUCUGCACCCAGCAUCCAUCUCUGCACCCAGCAUCCAUCUCUGCAGCGAUGCUCAUGUCACAACAGGAGACAAUAAACCUGCUCAGAGUUCUUGUC